GUACGAGAUUGCCUGCUUCCUGAUUAAGCGCAAGGACGCGAAUCGAAUCAAGUUCCUGCCCGUGCAGAUUUCCGUCAUAUGGAUCCUGACUUACUUUGCUGUGUCAACGACUUGGCUGUCCUUCCUGCUGAUCCAACGGCUCGGGAGUGAGCUGGUAAUUAGUUGGCAUGACGUCACCGGAAGGAUCAACAGCGUUGGGGUAAUGAUUGCAGUUCAGGUUGGGAUCCUGUAUCCGCCCCUGUUUUAUCUGCUGAACCAGAUGCUUUUCGACAUGGCCCAGUUGCCCGAACAGCUGCGAAGUUUCGAUAUCGAGACAGCGGAAUGCCUUUGCUGCUCUACGAAUCAUCGGCAAUCUGUGACUGGAGAGAAGAUCCAAUGUGACCGUGAGCUCAUCUAUGGCGUAUUGCAGUUGUGGUCUUCCGGCAAUACUGUGUUAGAGGAAGGGAGUGCGCGGCGUAUCCAGGGUGUCUUCAAAAGCCACUUGGACAAGCACUUGCGAGAGCCAGUUGAGCAGGCCGUUACACACAGUGGGAUUCUGAUGCGCCCGUUGAUGUCUGCCGCUGCGAUCGGUUCCUUCCCCUUUUUGUGCGACUUUAUUGGCAAGGAGGGUGCCAGAGCCGUGCAAGUCUGGCCGCGUCCGAAACCGAUCAACAACCUUGGCCUCGCUGUCUACAUGUUGUUUUGCAUGCCGAUCUUCCUCCGAAGUUUUCUGAUGCUAGGCAGAGCCAGCACAUCGUGGUGGAAUCGGUCUCGGUUCAGGUAUAUAAUUAUCGCUUGCCAGGCGGUGUCCUUGCUCCUCAUAAGCUUGCUGCUCAUCGUGGGCUAUCUUGUCUGCAUCGCAAUUAGCAAGGAUAAGUGGACGAGAAUGACAUCGCCCAUGGAUCCCCUGCCCCUGUACUUGCUCAGCUUGGUUGUCCUUUGUAGUGUGGCCGUCGGUCUUCGUUAUCUAUGCCCCUGUCGGAAGUCAGUCCUGAUCGGAGGCGCACCUUCUAAAGGGCGGAAGAAAGCUGCAUCACCCCAGGUGACAUUGGAGAUGUCUGCUGCCAAAGAGGCGCAGGUGCCAGAAAUGAUGGCCGCUGCAUCCGACAUGUCAGAAGAGUCGACGUUCGAGAUUUGA